CUGCCUAUUGGUCUUUAUCUAAAGCGGCAUCAUUUGAGUCCGAGGGCACACUGGGAAUUCCAGCGGCCACCGCUUGCAAUUCCGUUUCUCAGUCUAACCUUCCGCUAGAAAUCAAUGAACCGAAAUUGAAAAAUAAGAAGAAAAAACAAAACAAGUGGGAAAUCAAAUAAUGGUUUUAGAACUAUUUCUCCUUGCCCUCUGAAUGUUCCCUCUUGGAGUUCUUCGCGGUUCCCUCAUAUCCCAGUUUCAAUUGCAUUUGACAUCUGGGAUUUGUCCUCCUGGCUCCUUUCCUUCUGGGGGAAAAGCGAACGGUUAAUUUGUAAAGUUCACUAUCUGAAAAUGCAGAAAUGUUGUUAAGUUGCACUGGACUUAAUUUAUAGUUUAGAAAUGGGGGCAGAACAGUGGAAAACUUAUAUUGAAAAUGAGAAUCCAGCAAGACUUUCACCUCCACCUGGUUUUGCGUCUCUUUCGUCUUUCUUCUUGAAGAAGGUAGAAAACCAUGAGGAAAAGUGGGGCUUCACAGCCUCGAAGGGUGCAUCCACACUAGAGCAAUUGCAGGAAGAGGCCAAACCUGACGUGAUUGAUGUUGACCGGUUAAAGGAAUCUGUAGGGAAUAGACCAUGGAUACUCUUUGACAAGAGUGAUCAAAUUGGAAAGGAAUGUCAGCCCGUAGAACCUGAUAAGGGAAAAGCAAGGGAGUGUCCUGGUGAUGCAAGAAGAGAUGUUCUUGAAGAGGCGCCUGUUUUUCGCCCCUCUGAAGAGGAAUUCAGUGACACGCUAAAGUACAUUGAGAGCAUACGUCUUAGAGCAGAGCCAUAUGGAGUUUGUCGAAUUGUUCCUCCUCAUUCAUGGCAACCACCAUGCCUUGUUAAGGAAAAGAGCAAAUGGGAAUGUUCCACAUUUGGUACCCAGUAUCAACAGUUUGACAGGUUUCCAGCUCAGUCUGUAGAGAGCAAAACAGCUGAAUCUUAUAAAGGUACAAGUCAGAAAAGAAGCUCGGGACUGAGUUUUGAGCAAGGUGUUAGUAGUGGAUACUCCAUGAACUCUGAGGAAGUUGGAUGCUCAGAUGUGGAGCGCAAUGUGUCAAAACCGGGUCCAGAAUUUACUUUAAAAUCAUUUGAGAAAUAUGCAGAUGAUUUCAGGAAGCAGUAUUUUUUAUCCAAACAUAAGGAUGUCGGUUGUUAUGUCAAUUGCAAACAGGGGGAGCCAUCAGUGGAGUGCAUUGAGGAUGAAUAUAGAUGGAUUGUUGAGAAUCCCACUGGAGCAUUAGAGGUGCUCUAUGGUGGCAAUUUGGAUACUGUAAAUUUUGGCAGUGGAUUUCCAACAGCAUCAAAUCCUUGGGAUUUAUGUAAUUACCCAAGAUAUGUUCAUUCAAGCUGGAACUUAAAUAAUGUACCUAAGCUUCCGGGUUCUCUUCUUUCUUUUGAAAGUGAUAAGAGUUCUGGUGUAUUAGUGCCUCAGCUACGUAUAGGAAUGUGCUUUUCAUCUCUUUAUUGGAAAGUUGAAGAACACCAUUUAUACUCACUAUGUUACAUGCAUGUGGGUUCUCCAAAAAUUUGGUAUUGUGUCCCUGGGAGAUAUUCCUUCAAGUUAGAGGCUAUUAUGAAGAAGUACCUUCCAGAUUUGCUAGUUGAACAUAAGCAGCGUGAUGGAGUUAUCACAAGACUUUCUCCCUUUGUGUUGAAGUCUGAGGGUGUACCUCUCUACCGUUGUAUUCAGAAUCCUGGGGAGUUUGUUCUGGUUUUCCCUGGAGCCUAUCAUUCAGCAUUUGAUUGUGGGUUUAAUUUUGUUGAGGCUGUUAAUUUUGCUCCUCUUGAUUGGUUACCUCAUGGGCAGAAUGCCGUAGCAAUCUAUCAAGAACAGGGAAGAAAGACUUCAAUUUCCUUUGAUAAAUUGUUGAUUAGAGCUGCAAGAGAAGCUGUGAGAGCACAGUGGGAGCUUCUGUUAAGGAAGAACACAAUUGACAAUUUAAGGUGGAAAGACGCCUGUGGAAAGAAUGGGAUCUUAGUGAAAACACUCAAGUCACGUGUCAAGCAGGAAGGUAAUAGAAGGGAAUACCUUUGUACCACCUCUCAGACAAAGAGGAUGGACAAGAACUUUAGUGCUACUGGAAAAAGGGAAUGUAGCAUAUGUUUCUUUGAUUUGUACCUCUCAGCAGCACAGUGUCCAUGUUCUUCUGAUAGAUAUUCAUGUUUAAAUCAUGCAAAGCAGCUUUGUUUUUGCACAUGGACUGAAAAGAUUUUCUUAUACCAUUAUGACAUCAGUGAGUUAAAUAUUCUUGCUGAAGCAUUGGAAGGGAAAUUCAGUGCAGUGUAUAGAUGGGCUAGAGAGGACCUUAGUUUGGCUCUUAGCAUUCCCAAGGGAAACUCAUGCGCAGAAGAUAAAGGACAAAAAAAGCACACAUGCCAAGAUGCAGGAAAAUCUUAUGGAAAUGAUUGGACAACUGCUUCUUCCGUCAAGGCAGAAGUAAAGGCCCGCGUACAGCAAUCAAAGUACCUGGAUGAACAAAGAUCAAAAGAGAAGACGGUAUCAACUCCUCUUCCAAUUGUGACUCAAGAUGAGACUUCCUUUUUACUUAGUGAGAUGAUGUCAGAAGCUUUGUCAUCAAGUACAAGUAUGUCAAGUUCCUCAGAAUCUGAGGAGACGGCAUACCUUGGCCUUAAUGAUGGAGGAAAAGGAUGCAUCCUACCAAUAUCCAGUUUGAGCCCUGCUAGUCCUAAAAGAGGAGUCAAAUUAUCUGAGCUUCCGAAAGAUAUUUCCAGUAAUCAUGGUAAAGCAAAACAUUUUAAAUCAACUUCUAAAGGACUGCCUAUGAGGCAUCCAACUUCUAAGAAACGAAAAAAGAAGUAAAUCUGAUCUCAGCACUACACCCGGCAUAGACCUUGAUGACGAGGGUUGAUUAGCUACACGGUCGUAUCUGCUAAUAUAGCGGACAAGAUAGAGCCAAUUCAGCCUUUGAUGUAUGUUUCCUGUGUUCCCUACCUCAUUGCUCUGGACAAAAUUGUAAACAUAUUGUUGGAGUCAGAUUGCAAUUGUCUUUAGUAGGGGCACGAGGAAGUCAGGUUAAGGACAUGGGAUUUUAGGUUGUGACAAUAUAGUUGAGAUGAGAGGAAAUUAUGGAAAUCUGUAGCCUCUUUUUCUUUGAAAGGUGUGCUUGAUUUUGAAGCCUGUUGGCUGACUUGUUUUCCCUAUUAAUAUGGGAGAAGCAACCUCUUCCUCUUUAUGAAAUCCAGGCGGCAGAUUGCAUCAAUAUGGGAGGUAAAACAUGCUUCCUAAGGGUGAUAUUCAUUUCUGGCCUCUUGUUUUGCUUCAUUUUUCCAUACACUUGUUCUCUCUCAAGGUUGUUUUCUAGUCCUUUGAUUAUAUCU